AGGCAAUCCACCAUGUCAAGAAAGCAAUUGUUGACUAGCACAUUGCGCCGGCACCGUUUUGCCCUGUGGCGGUUGACCUCAUUGUCCAUUUUCCCUGCCACCGACGACAACCAUGGCCGACUUUGCCGUUGUCAAAACCCCGCAGUUCGACAACGAGACGCCAACACCGACACGGACGUCGUCGACUGCGCUACUGCUGCGACUCCUCGUGCUUCUCUGCCUGGGCAUCUACAUCUUUGGCAACAUUGCGACGUGGGCGCCGCUCUUCGAAUUGCAGCUCAUCAACACCAUGACCGAGUGGUGGAACGGCUACCCCAACAACGGCGGCUCCGUCGUCGCGGGCCACCACUCCAAGAUCAUCGACACGGGCAUCGGGCGCAACAUUACGAUUUCGGGCCACACGGAGUUUGUGCGACCGACGUUCCUCUUUCUGUUUUGCAUCUUGCCCUUCUUUGUCGGCCUCCUCCUCAUCGAAGCCCUCGGCCACCCCGCGCUCGCCCCUCGUCGUGCCACGUCGUCGGCGUUUUGGCGCGUCGCCCAAUGGAUGCGCCGCAAACCGUCGCUCUUUGGUAGCGUGUCCCGCUAUAGCCUUGGCGAGUGGCUCUUUGGUGUCGUCUUUGUCAUUGGCGGCAACGUUCUCUGCUUCUACUACGAGUGGGACCGGCGCGUGGACCUCGCCAAGGCGGCGGCGGUCUCCGGCAAGAUCAGCACGACCAAGUACUGGAACAUGGUCGGCAUCAGUGCGGCGUACCUCUGCAUCUACAACAUGGCGUUUCUGCUCCUCCCUGUCUCGCGCAACUCGGCGUGGAUGGAGUUUAUGAACAUUUCGUACGCCAACGGCGCCAGGCUGCACCGCUGGGUGGGCUACAUGACCGUUUUGACCGGCGUUCUGCACACGGGCGGCUACUGGGGCAAGUGGGUCCGCGACGGCACGUGGAUCGCCAACCAAUCGCCGUGCAUUGAGUGCGACUUUACGAACGAGACGACGGGGUAUUUUGCGUGGUUCAACUUUUUCGGGCUCGUCUCGAUUGUCGCGAUGCUGCUCAUGAUCCCGACGUCGAUCCCGAUCGUGCGUCGAAAGGCGUACGAGUGGUUCUAUAUCUCGCACUGGGUGCUCUUUGUCAUUGCGCUCUUUUUUGCAAUUCUCCACUGGACGCAGAUCCUGUGGUGGAUCCUCCCGUCGGGCCUCGUCUUUCUCAUCGGCCGCGCGUGCUCGAGCUACAACGCCCGGUCGCCCGUGCCCGCGACCAUGCGCGUCAUCGGCGGAAACAUUGUACAAGUUGUCCUCGCGGUGCAAAGCGACUACUUGGUCGGCCAUUUUGUCUACCUCAACGUCCCGGCCAUCUCCAAGCUCCAGUGGCACGCGCUCACGGUUGCGUCGUCGGCCAAGACCUCUGGCGCCACGACAAUGACGCUGCUCGUCAAGCCUGUUGGCGACUGGUCGACCAAGCUUCUCACGUAUGCGAACGAGUGCGGCGACGCCCCCGUGGUGUUUGUGGACGGGUUUUGCGGCGCGGCGCUGGACCACGUCGGGGACUUUCCCAUGGCCCUUCUUGUCGGCGGUGGCAUUGGCGUCACUCCAAUUCUCGCCGUGCUGGAAGAGAUGGCGCACAACGUACAUGCGACUGGUACCUGGGCGCAACGUGUCACCCUCGUCUUCUCUGCGCGCGACCUUGCUUUGUUUGAGCUCCUCGCGCCGGUUCUCACCAAGCUUCGCGAGCUCGACCCGCAGCAGACCCAUUUCACAUCGCACCUCUUUCUCUCGACGCUUGCCGACGACAAAGCCCUGGAUGCCCCCCUCACGACAUCGUCAUCGGUCGCCAAGCCGCAGGGAGCGAUGACCGGUCGCCCAUUCCGCGCGCCACUUCAGUCGCGCACGACCCGAGCAAUCCUGUAUGUCGUGCUCUUUGCGGUUGCGAUUCUUGCACUUGGUGCUGCACACUGGGGCAACGGACCCAUUCAGGGGGCCAACCACUACGCCCUGUGGCCGCUCCAACGAGCGUUUGAGCUCGCUGUCUUCACUGCCACAAUCCUCGUCGUGUACGUCUUCCUCUGGGCCGAGGCCCGCGACGCGACCCAAAACGCGACUGCGCCCGUCCCGAGCGAUGACGCGCUGCCAGCCACCAUCGCGACGAUCCGGGACCUCUUGUUGCACCUGGGUGUCACGGUUGGCACGCGCCCGGAUGUCCACGCGCUUGUGGCCAACACCGUCGCGAAGGACUGUGCCGAGAACGGGGUCGUGGGGGUCAUCGUGUCGGGCCCUGAGAGCCUCAAGUGCGCAGUCAACGAUGCGGCCGUUGCACUUGGCGCCCACCGCUUUGACAUUCACGAAGAAGAGUUUGAGCUCUAAGCAGAUCAUUGCACAUCAUAGAGAACCUUGUCUAUUGUUUUGUUUCAACACCUGGUCUUAGCGG